AUGUUUGAACAACAAUCAAUAUCACAAUUAUCAUUAAUGACACCACCAAGUACAGCAAGUCCAAGAUCAGAACAAAGAAGAAAGGAUGAGUUGUUUAAUGAUCAAGAUGAGAAUGAAUUGUAUCCACCAUUAGAUCAUGGAGCUAGAUUUGCUCCUCCCCUUGACGAGACGCAACUCAAGGCGAUUGGUAUGUUGCCCGAUGAAAUUGUCGCAUUUCAAAAUCAGAGAAAGAUGUAUAUCAACAAGGACAAGAUCCUCGACGAAGAGAUCAGGAACCCCGAACGUUCCAAAUUGGUAGACUAUCACACCCUACACGUUGUCUCUCCCAUCGAUCAUGCCAAUGCCAGUCGUCUCCUCAACAAAUUGGCCAUCAUCAAAUUAAAUGGUGGUCUUGGUACUAGAAUGGGUUGUAAAGGUGCUAAAUCUUCCAUUGAAAUUGCUCCCGGUAUUAAUUUCUUGGAUAUGGCUGUUGCUCAUAUUGAGCAAAUGAAUCAAGAUUAUAAUGUUGAUGUACCAUUGAUAUUGAUGAAUUCAUUCAAAACAGAGGUACAAACUAAAAAGAUGGUUGAAAAGUACAACAAUCAUCGUGUUAGUAUUAAAACAUUUACUCAAUCCAAAUUCCCUCGCAUGUACAAGGAUACUCUAAACGUUGUACCAAAACCAAAUACUCAAUUCAAUCCAAAGGAUUGGUAUCCACCAGGUUCAGGUGAUGUCUUUAGAGCCCUUCAACGUAGUGGUCUUUUAGAAAAACUUUUAAAAGAUGGUAAAGAGUAUAUUUAUAUUUCAAAUAUUGAAAAUGUUGGUGCUACUAUUGAUAUUCGUAAGUCAAAAGAAAAAAGAAAAAAGAAAAAGAAAAAGAAGAAAAAGAAAUAUAUAUUUACAUUAUUGUUUAAUUUAAAUUGUUUAGAGGUAUUGAAUCAUAUUCAUUUACAAAAAGUUGAUUUUGGAUUGGAAGUUACCAAUCGUAUCAAUACUGAUUGUACAGGUGGUGUUUUAAUGUCUUACAAGGAUAGACUUCAUCUAUUGGAAUUGUCACAAAUCAAAACAGACAAGUUAAAGAAUUUCAAGGAUUUCAAGUUUUGGAAUACAAAUAAUAUUUGGGUUAACUUGAAAUCAGUUGAUCAAUUAUUAAAGAGUGAACAAUUAAUUUUAGAUUGGGUUGUUUCUUUUCCAACUGAAGAUCAUAAACAAUUGGUACAAAUAGAAUCACCAGCAGGUAUGGGAAUUCAAAAUUUCAAUAAUUCACUUGCCAUACUUGUACCACGUGAUAGAUAUCGUCCCAUUAAAUCAACCAGUCAAUUGUUGAUUGCACAAUCCAAUUUGUUCCAAUUUGACAAGGGACAAGUCGUGUUGAACCCCGCCAGAGAGACGAGCGACAUUCCAUUGGUUAAAUUGGGAGAAGAGUUUUCAACCGUCUCGGAAUACGAAAAGAGAUUCAAAUCAAUUCCCGAUCUCUUGGAACUAGACCAUUUGACAGUGUCUGGUGACGUCUUUUUUGGCACAAAUACAAAGCUCAAGGGUACUGUCAUCAUUGUAGCAAACCACGGCGAAAGAGUUGAUAUCCCCGAUGGUGUCACAUUGGAGAAUAAAAUUAUUUCAGGUACUCUUAGAAUUAUGGAUCAUUAA